AUGGCUGUACAAGGUACAGUUGGAGAGUACCAUGUCAAUCCGGAGCUCUUGGGAGAAACUUUGGCUGCCUUGCAAAGUGAGUUGCUCUCGUUGUCGAUGCAACAGCAGAAGCAACUUCAAGAAGCCGUGGAGAGCCACCGCACCGAGUUGAUGGCGUCGGUCAGGCUGAAUGGCUCUAUGCCGGCAGACAAGGACUACCAGCACACCAGCCGCGACUCUUACGAGAUGAACGGCUCUGAGGGCGACGUCGAGGCUUUCCAGCACGAUGUUCAUCCCGCAAAGGACCCGGACGUGACGUUUAGCAAUCUCCAGCCGCAUCCUUGUCUCCAACUUGAUGAGCCGGAGAACGAUCCCUACCCACAGAUGGGGAUGACACCAACCACGCCGAUGACACCAACCACGCCAAUCGGUUCUCCCGCCGUAGCGGCAAAAGCUACAGACGAUUCUCCCAAGGAAAGACGAGGAAGCAACGAUUCGCCGCUAUCAAGGAACCUGGGAAGUCGAAGCACGUCGCGCAUCAGGAACACUGUCACCGGGCAGGACGAAACGUCAGCUGCCGCAAACUCCUUGAAGCUCGCUCAGGAGCGCCGGAACGGCUUCGAUACAGUUGUUGGCGUUGCUGUCCUGAUGAAUGCGCUGGUCAUGGUAAUCGACCUGGAAAGCCAGGGCAACAACGCAGGUGUGACGAUUGGCGUGGUCGAUCGAAGCAUCUGGGAGUCUUCGGCUCCGGUGAUUCUGGUUUUGGAGCACCUCUUCGUCGCCAUUUUCAUUUUGGAGCUGGUCUGGCGGAUCUAUUCCGAGAGAUUGCGUUACUUUCGAGAGCUCAUGAACGUUUUUGACAGCCUCCUCGUCUUGAUUUCCUGCAUUGACUUGUACAUCCUGACGCCUUUGAUCCAAACCUCCUUGAACAACACAGCAACUUUGCGUCUUCUGCGGACCAUCAAACUGGUGCGUGCCGUCCGAAUCGUACGAGCACUCCGGCUUUUUCGAGGACUACGACUUCUUGUCCAGGCUUGCAGCUCUUUCCUCCCUUCGCUCUGCUGGUCAAUGGCACUGCUUGGGAUUUUCAUGAUGAUGGGUGCUCUCUUUAUGGGCAACUUGCUACAGGAUUUCAUACUUGACGAGGAUCACGAUAUUGAAAUUCGAACGUGGAUGUGGCUCCAUUACGGAACGGCCUACAGGGCAAUCUACACCAUGCAGCUGGCUUGCUAUAGGCCAAGAUUAGCCUGA